AAGCAGCAAAGAGAAAUAUAUUGACCAACGAAUUGAAUUAAAUUGCAUCAAGAACAUUGUUUAAUAAGUGAGAAUGUCACUGGGAGAUGUGAAGGAGCAGCUGCGCGGCUCGCGGACUGAGGCGAAGGACGCGGCAAAGCUAAUACAAGUGCAAUUCGAACGCAUCAGAAAUGGCGGGACGACAAGCGUCGCUUUGCGUGCGCUUAAAUACGAAUUAAAUAUACUGCGGCAGUUGUGCUGUGCCCUGCAGGAGAAUUUCCAUCAGCAUGCGGACAUCUACUGCGACAUUGCGGCCGGCAUGCUGAUACAUGUGGCGCCCCAUCUGCCACAGCCCGACUACUGGGUCAAUCAUUUGAUGAGCCUGCAAUAUAUACAUCAUGCGCUCUGCCGCGAGCAAACGAUUAAACAAUGCCAAAGAUUCUAUGAGCUGAUCAACGCUCAACCGUGCCAAAUGCAAAAUAAGUCUGAAUACAAAUAUUAUAUUGACAUACAUAUCAGACAUGUGUAUUUUUUUGGCCACCAGCUGGGCAAGCAAUCGGCGGCGUCUGAGGCCAAGACGCAGCUCUGCCAAGCACUGCAGGCCCUGGGCAAGCUGUUGGAGAACAUGCUCCAGCUGAAGGCGGAACAAAACGAUGGCUACAGCGAGCUGAUGGGCGAGCUCAAUCAAUUGCUGGGCAAGCGCAGCAUCGGUUAUCUCAAGAACCUGGCCAGCUUGCCGCUGGCCUCUAUGAACAGGCUGUGGAAGCCGCUCUUUAAGCUAAUUGCCUGCAAUGGCGGCACCACGGACCAGCUGAACGCCCAGUUUCCGGAAUAUCUAAGCGCCUUGCUGGCCCUGCUGCAGCUGGAUGACAAUGUGUGGCAGCUGCAGCAGCCGGUGGCGCAGGCGCAGACGCCUCUGUCGCUCCAGCUGCUGCACAGCUGCCGCGAGCUGUACAAAAAUCAAACGGCCCAAAACGAUGCGCUGCAAUUGCUCUACAAUUACCUCAAGCUGUUGAACACACAGUCCGCGGACUUGAAGCGCUCGUACAUCGAUUUGGCCGAGAAAUUUGUGCAGUUCUUUGAGCACAAGGCCGUGCCGCAUGCCCAGGAACAGUGGUACCUGGAUUUUCUGUUUGUGCUGGUGCGCGUGCAGAAGCAUCUGCAUCAAAUUGACAACAAGGCGCCCUCCUUGGAGCGCUUCUGGCAGUGCUUGGGUGGCCAGGACAGCGCCGCGGCAUAUGCCGCACACUUCGAGCUGCUGCAGUGCCUCACCAGCAUGGCCAUGAAGAUUGGCAGAGGCAGUCCACUCGCCGCCAGCUGCAGCGGCAACGAUGCCAGCUGCCUGAGCGUGCGCAAGCAUUGCGUCUUUACGCUGGGCUGCUGUGCGACCGUGGCCUACAGCAGCUGGCAGCCGGAGGCCCAGGCGACGCUGCCCAAGGCGACACAGCUGUGCUUGGCCAGCAUUAUACACUAUGCCAUCGAUGUGGCCAAGGUCACCAAGUGCUUGACGCCCAACUGCAGCGAGCUGGUUACCUUUGCCUGGUAUCUGAUCAACAUGGCGGAAAAGGUCACGACAGCCACACAAAUGUACCUAUUGGAGCACCUGUUGAAGCCGCUGCAGGAGCUGCGCCCGCUGCUCAGUCCGCCCUACGCACAGCAGCUAGUGCGUCGCCUAUUCAAGGCCAGCGCCCACAGCUCCAAUCCGGAGCUGUCCGCUCUUCUCCACGGCGCCUACAUAGUCAGCAUGAGCUGCCCGGCUCGGCAAUUUCAGCAAUUAUGCGUCUUCUAUCACACACCGAAGAACGACACGGAGCAAUGCCUGCUCGAGCUGUGCGAGAAGAGCCCGCUGUGCAGCCCGCUGAACGCAACGGAGAAGCGUAAGCUAUACGAACUGGACAUGUUGGCGGUGCUGGCCAACAAGAAGACGCCAAAGCUGCUGCAGUCCCUGCUGCGGCAUUGCCAGACGGACUAUCAGAUGGUGUUGCUCGGGCGCCAAAUGCGCACGGACAAGCGCUCGGCCGGGCAGCAGAUCGAGGAGCUGCGUGUGAGGCUGCAGCGCUUGGGCCGCAAGCAGCAGCUGACGCGGCUGCAGCAGCUAAUUCUGGGCCAUGCCAGCGUCACAAAGCUAUUGGAGGCGGCCGAGACGCAGAAAAUCAAAAUACCCAUCAAGGAGAUGACAGAGAAGACGCUCGAGGACCUGCUCGUCAAGUACAAACUGUUCGAGCUCACCAUAAGCAGCGAAAUGCCGCUGCUCGAACUGGCCACCACAGCCAUUGGCGCCUUCGAGAGCUUCUAUGAACAGGCUGACGCGGAACCUUUGAGCAGUGACGAGGCGCUCAUCGACUGGGAGGCGCUAAUUGAUGAUGGCAUUGCCGCCGCCAUGGCGCUGUCCACCAUGGGCUACAUCCCGCAGUCGGACAAUGCCUGGCUGCUGCUGCUGCGCAUCUGCCGCCUGCUUGGCGACAGAUUCAACUAUUUGCGAGCGCUGAGUCACUUUCUGCCGCGCUACACACAACACGCGCUGUUCGACCUGCCGGCGGAGGUGUCGCAUGCGGAGCAGCUGCUGGAUGAGCUCUGGCCGCAGCUGCAUGCGGCGCAUCUGCUGAAGCGCCACCAUACGACGGUGUUGUUGUGCCUCUGCAACCUGGCGCUGUACUAUGCGCGCCUAGAUUGCAUUCGCCACGCCCAGCUGCUGCUGCUGCACGCGCAGCGGCUGCGGCUCGAGUUCGAGGAGCGGGCGGGCAAGUGCGACAUUAUCCAGUUGACCAUCCAAACGGUCCGCUUUCGCAUGUGCUAUCAGCAGCGGCAUUGCCGCAGCCUGGCCCGUCUGCCCACGGCGCUGCAGCAGCUGGACACGCUGACGGAGAGUGUGCGCAGCUUCACCUGCAUCUCGUCCAUGGACAACGGCGCGCUCAUACUGCUGCUGGGCGACAUGGUGCGCGAUACCACAGAGUGCACGGCGAAUCGGCUAAGCGAACUGCCCAAUUUCUCCAACAGCCUGCUGCAGCUGCUGCUCCAGAGCGGGCUGGUGCUGCGCGCCGUCGAGUUGCUCAUCUCCUGGCUGUGGACCAAUUUGCGCAUGGAGUGCCUGGACAAGGCGCACUCCAAGCUGCGCCUCAUCGAGCACUUUCUGGGCAUGCAGCCGUUGCUCGAGUCGCGGGCAGCUCUGGAGCAGACCAGCAACAAGGGAAGCCUGACCUUGGCGCCCAUGGAUGCGCAGUCCAAGCACAUGACCGAGCUGGUGGGCAAAAUGUUCGUCAUGCAGCUGGAGCAGGGCGGGGCCUGCGUAGAGCCCAUCCGAAAGCAACAACAGCUGACCAUGUCGUCGCCGCGUCGGGAACUGCCGUUGCCCAGCGCCAGGCCCAAGCUGCAGCGCUAUGUGUCCCUAGACAUGCAGCAGUCGCAUCCGAUGCUGCGUUCCAGCGUGCAACUGCAGUGCAUCUACUUUAUGGCGGGCUGCCUGCAUGCGCGUCUCUACUUUCUGAAUCGGGAGCACGAGCAGUUGGACGAUUUCUAUGCGCUGGCCAAUGCCUGGCUGCAGCAGAAUGACGCACGCGGCAACGCUUUGGGCCAUAUGCUGCUCGUGCUGCACAUCUAUCAGGCCAACUAUUUGCGUGCCAGGCGCCGGCAGCAGCAGGCCAUUGAGCUGACCGAAACGGCACUGAAGCUGGCCGGCAGCGAGCAGCUGCAGCAGCGCAUCGAUGUCAACUAUCGCUACAAUCUGCUGCUGCAGCUGCGCACGGCACAGUUGGAGCUGCAGCCGCCGAGCAAGCCGCAGAAUCCGCGACGUGCGCUCACAUUUAACAUAUCGCCGGAGGAGAAGCAGCUCAGGCCGGCCAGCAAAGCGGCCACAGCUAGCAAAAAGCCAGCUAAAUUUGCCAUAUACACGGAGGAAGUGCGUCCAGCCAGUAGCACCACCAGCAGCAGUAGCAGCAGCAGCAGCUCCAGUGAAAAUGCCAGCAGUCCGGAGCGAAAGUCAACCAAGUCCAAGUACAACAAACGCCUGGAUCUGAAUGCCUGCCAGCUCAUCGACAUCAUAGACUUGAGCGACGACGAAACGGAGGCCGUCGUCCAGCUGCAGCCUGCCAAGUCCACGUCCGCUUUGUCCACGCGCAGCACACGAACGCGCACCCAACGGCAGGCGGACACGCUUGUGGCGCCCCUCAGACGCACAGCCACUGCGCCCAAUCCGCUUUCCGCGGAGGCGACACCCAAGACAAUUGGCACACGUGCGCGCACCCGACGUCAGAAUACGGCAGAGCAGCCGACGACGACGACAACAACAGCCACGCCCAAGGUGGACUCUGUGAGCAGCAGGCGACGCCACAGGAACUGAUUACGCUU